CCAAACAAAACUCCUAUGAACGGAAUAAACAAAGCCCCUGGUAAAACGCAGAUGAGUCAUUUCAGGCCUUUAGACAUAAACGACAUCAGCACCAAUGGCAAUGAACCCCACAAUUAUCAAGAAAGUCCUAACAAAACUCAUAUUAAUCAAUACUACGGUUUUCAAGAAAGUCCAAACAAAACUCCUAGUAACAGAAUGAACAAAGCUCCUGUUAAAACAGAGAUGAGUCAUUUCAGCACUUUAGAUGUGGACAACAGCAGCACCAACAACAAUGAAUACGAUGGCUAUCAAGAAAGUCCAACCAAAACUCCUAUUAACGGUUUGCAGUAUGUUGAUGUGGAUGCAGAAAGCAAGAACUUUCUGUCUGGCAAGAAGAAAUAUGAGAAUGAAUAUACUCCCGGCUCAGCGUCGUUUGGGAUGUCAGUGUUUAAUCUCGGCAAUGCCAUCAUGGGAUGUGGAAUACUGGGGCUUUCCUAUGCCAUGGCCAAUACUGGCAUCGCCCUGUUUGUGAUCCUGCUUGUGGCAGUAUUAAUCUUCUCCUUGUACUCGGUACAUUUGCUACUCAAAACAGCCAAUGAAGGAGGGUCUAUGGUUUACGAACAGCUGGGGUAUAAAGCGUUCGGGAUUCCCGGCAAACUGGCCGCCUCUUGCUCAAUCACCAUGCAAAACUUUGGAGCUAUGGCCAGCUAUCUCUUCAUUGUGAAGUACGAACUACCGAUAGUCAUCAAGUCCUUUCUGGACACCAAUGACAAUUCCUGGUACACUAACGGCGACUACCUCGUGCUGAUCGUCACCGUGGGCAUCAUUUUACCCCUCUCGUUGCUUAAAAACUUGGGUUACCUGGGAUACACGAGUGGCUUCUCCUUGUUGUGCAUGGUGUUCUUCCUCAUUGUGGUGAUCUACAAGAAAUUCCAGAUCCCGUGUCCUCUACCUGAAACCCUUAUUAACAUCACAGUGAACAGCUCUGUGUCUCAACCCAACACCACAGAGGACGACUGCUGCAAACCCAAAUACUUUGUCUUCAACUCACAGACUGUGUAUGCGGUGCCCAUUCUGACAUUUGCAUUUGUCUGCCACCCGGCGAUUCUGCCCAUGUACCAGGAACUCAAAGAUCGUUCCAGACAGAAGAUGCAGAAUGUGGCAAAUGUGUCAUUUCUGGGAAUGUUUGUUAUGUAUCUACUGGCUGCUCUCUUUGGAUAUCUGACCUUCAACGAGGCUGUCGAAUCCGAGCUUCUUCACACUUACUCCAGGGUCUACGAUUUUGAUUUGGUGCUUAUGAUCGUGCGUUUUGCUGUUUUGGUCGCUGUGACCUUAACUGUGCCUGUGGUUCUUUUCCCUAUUCGUACCUCAGUCAACCACCUGACUGGCGCAACUAAAAACUUCAGCUGGCCCCGUCACAUCUCCAUUACCGUCGGCCUGCUUGUCUGCGUAAACAUUCUGGUCAUCUUUGUCCACAACAUCAGAGACAUUUUUGGAUUUAUUGGUGCAUCUGCUGCGGUCAUGCUGAUCUUCAUCCUGCCGUCUGCCUUCUACAUCAAACUGGUGAAGAAAGAGUCUAUAAAGUCUAUUCAAAAGAUCUCGGCCCUUUUGUUCCUGAUCACAGGCAUCUUUGUUAUGUUGGGUAGUAUUACUUUGAUUAUUUUGGACUGGAUCCACAAUGCCGGAGUUUCUGAGGACACUGGCAGUGGCCACUAGUGGACAUGUCAUCUAUGACUGACAGGAAGAUGGGUACGGCACGCGAGUGCAGCUUUGUGUUUGACAUCAGUUUGUACCUUGAUGUUGGUAUGUGGAAGACCGCUUGACCAAUCAGCAAAUGUGAAAAUGUAUUUUUGCUUUUAAAAGGUUUGUUACUGUUGUUUAAAUCUACUAAUGGACAAAAGCUGAUCUGAAGUUACAGCACCAAUUUACUGUAAAUGUAUUUCAAAUCCAAGUAACGGUUCAUCAGCUGUUGGUACGUCAAAGUCAAUAUGAUUUUACUGUUAAUUUGUGAACCCUAUUUAAGAGAAAAUAAUCUUCAAAAUGUCUUGGAGUUCAAAUAAAUUCAUAUAUAUAUUGGUUAAUGUUAAUCACGAUAAGUCAAAUGAUGGCAUUUUAGCUGCAGCCUUUUUAAAUGUUAUUUCACUUUACUAUAUUUAUAUAUAUUUUCAUUUUACUAUAUUUAUAUACUGUACAUGUGUAAAUAGCACAAAUUGAAGUGUAUAUAUGCUGCUAUUUUAUUAUUGUUUCUUGUUCUCAAUCUUGCUCAGUAUGUCUAAAAUAUGAAAUGGCUGUAGAACUGUAGUCUUCUCAUAUAUUACUCAGUGUGUCUGGUAUCUGAUUAGGCCCUCCUCAUUGGACUUGAAUGUUGUUUAACUGAGAGGUUGGCUUGUUUUGGCUUAUUGGUCAGGCCCGACACACACAAACAUACUACUACUACUACUACUAAACUGCAGACCUUCGAAGGGUAAACGCUCCUCAUGUACAAGAGGCCAUUCCUGCCAAUGUUACGCUCUUGUUUCAAUGAAACCCUGUGUAUAUUAUGUAAUUAAUAUCUAAUGAAGUUUUAGGAUAUUCAAUCCAUGUGUAAUUUUUCUCUUUUAUAAAGAUAAGCUAUAUAUUUUCAUAGAUUAUAGAUGUUCUAGAUUUGAUUUUCAUGUCUUAAUCUGCCAAAUAUAAUAGUGUCACUGAAAAUGGUCAUAAAUGAGACAUCAAACCCA